CAGUAGCAGCUGUCCGCUGGUAUUUGAGACCCACAUCGUCACAGUGGGGACGCAGGGGUUCAGACGAGUCCGGCCCGCCGCCUGCAGAACGCUCCGGGACACUUCGCUCGUCGCGUCUCACAACAGCUCCAACACACCCACCUCACCCCCGGACCCCUUUAGCAGUGCACCUGCGGCCCCUUCGUCAUGGCGGACCAGUACCAGUUCAACAGCAAUGAGGAGAAGAUGGUGAAGGACCACCUGGACAGAAACACCAAGGAGAUCGACCUGAUCAACAGAGACCCCAAGCAGAUCAACGAAGAUGUUGUCAAGGUGGAGUUUGAAGACGUGAUUGCCGAGCCCGACGGCACGCACAGUCUGGACGGCGUGUGGAAGCUCAGCUACACCACCUUCACCGUGUCCAAGUACUGGUGCUACCGCAUCCUGUCAGCCAUCUUUGGCAUUCCCGUGGCCCUGCUGUGGGGCUUCCUGUUCGCCUGCAUCUCCUUCUGCCACAUCUGGACCGUCAUGCCCUGCAUCAAGAGCUGCCUGAUCGAGUCGCAGUGCAUCAGCCGCAUCUACUCCCUUUGCAUCCAGACCUUCUGCGACCCCUUCUUCGAAGCGCUGGGCAAGAUCUUCAGCAGCGUGCGCGUCGCUUUACGCAAAGAAGUCUAAAGAACGAAGCUCACACGCACACACACUAACACAAACACACACACACACACACACACACACACCAAGAAAACUCACACCCCCUGCGAUAAGUUUGGAUGAAAUGUCUGUUUGUUGGUUUUAUCCAAAAGAGGAUUAGUCUCCUAGAAUAUUUAUUAUUUCUCCAUGAGACGCCCUCCACUGUUUUCUUUCUCUCUCUCUCUCUCUCUCUCUCUCUCUCUCUCUCUCUCUCUCUCUCUCUCUCUCUCUCUCUCUCUCUCUCUCUCUCUCUCUCUCUCUCUCUCUCUCUCUCUCUCUCUCUCUCUCUCUCGCCCCUACCAAUAGUACUGCCCCCCCCCUCUACAGAGCUCUCCCCCGCUGCCACAUGGUGACAGAAACAGGGGCAGGUUGCCAUGGCGAGAUGCCUCCUGGACUCACCGACUAGGAAUCCCACUAGGCUAUAAUGUUGGCCCGCUCCCUCUCUAAGAUCAAGGACUGCUCAACACUGCUGCAUCCAUGGAACAAUAUGUGUAGCAGGCUAAUAAGCAAUUUGUUAAGCUCAUUAUUUUGUAAAUGUUUGCUGACAGUGUAUAUUUCUGAUGGAUUCUGAUCUAGUUUUACAUUUUGGUGUCAUCUCAUCCGUCAUCGUUAGGUGCUUUAGCAUUAUCGGAAAUCUUUUAAUUUACACGACAAGAAGUUAUGAAAUGUUUUGAUUAAACGUUCUGAAAGCUUUCAAUGCUUUGAAUUUGAUUGUGUUAUGAAGUGUCAUACUUCUGCGGUGUAUGAGGCUUUACAGGAAACUUAAUACAUCAUAUAAACUUCGAACUUCACACAUUCUAUUUUUGGCUAGAUGCUACGUAGUAUCACGCCAAAAAUACUGUAUUCAUUUGGUUGUGAAUUUAACUUGAAUGAUAACGUGGUAAAAUACAUUAGAAACACAUUAGGCUAAUGGGAAACUUGGAAAGCAAUAUAGUUUUAUUAUGUAUUGAAUAAUUGAAACUUGUUUCUUUAACUUUAGAGAGCAUUAGCAAGCACUGGCCACUAGAGGCCACUCCUGUGAAGGUUUUUAUGCACAAUCUCUAAAGUAUAAGAAGAUUUGAAUGCGUACUUCAAAAUAUGUUACUUUCUAGAAUAUUUACGAAUUAUGCCUUUCACCAUUCGUAAUGGUAAUAUA